CACGUCUCCGGGGCAACCGGGUCUAAGCGUCUCAGAAGUUGAUAGCAACCACUACAGAACGCAACAGGCGUCAAGUUUUUAGAGCCGCGUAGAAUAAUUAGUAAUUGCAGCAACAUUGCCCUUCGUUAAUUUGGACUUCCACCAAUAAAAGCUGUGGCAAUGUCGAUGAGGAGGAAGACGGAGCUAAACGCAGAGGGCUUCACCGUAAAGGCCACUUUGAAGAACGCAGUGGUGGUGGGUCCCAGAGCUUCCAGGGUUUUUCAUGAGUGCCCUGCCAAACCAAGCACAUUCCGCAAAUACUACGAGCGUGGGGAGCUUCCGAUUGCAGUGAAACAUGAAAACCGAGGGAACAGUAUUGCAUGGAAGGUGGACGUGGAGACACUGGACUACCACCACUACCUGCCACUGUUCUUUGAUGGUUUAACUGAGACUGCUUUUCCGUAUGAGCUCUUCGCCCGCCAGGGAAUCCAUGACAUGCUGGACCGCGGAGGCCCCAAGAUCCUGCCUGUCAUCCCCCAGCUCAUCAUGCCCAUCAGGAAUGCCCUGAACACAAGGAACCAUCAGGUGAUGUGCACCACCGUGAAAGUCCUGCAGCACCUGGUGAUGUCUGCAGACAAGGUGGGAGAAGCUCUGGUGCCCUACUUCAGGCAGAUCCUCACCGUUUUUAACCUCUUCAAGAACAAGAGAACAAGCAAGAUUAAGUUUGAACGAGAGAGAGAAGCUUUAGCAAAUCCCAUUCAUAACCAUCAACAGAGAAAGUCGUACUAUGAUUCAGAAAAUCUCGGAGAUGGCAUCGACUACGACCAGUUGGAGAAAGAGGACAUUGGCAAACUGAUCAACGAGACUCUCCAGAUCUUUGAGCGCUACGGAGGACCGGACGCCUAUAUAAACAUCAAAUACAUGAUCCCCACCUAUCAGUCCUGCCUGAUGAACUAAGGAGAGAGGAGGGGGCCGUCAGCCAUGUCCACGUCUUUAAGAUUUAAUUUACAGCGGCAUGUUUAAAGUGCUAUCAGUUUGUUGUUCUGUUCCCGUUUCUUUAGUGAUUUAUUUAGACAGCUGAUGGAAAGUCCUCGGUGCAUACUGACGUUUGUUUCAAAGCCUCUUUUAAAAUGUAUGAAAACAUUAAAAAUUCUGUUGCAUCUAAGUAAAUCUUCCCGCAGAAUCUAUU